AUGGCAUCUCAUCCGCCUGGAGCAUGUUGCUACCAGGGCAUCAAGCACGAAGGACAGCCUGUUGGCAGCAUUUCCACUUUGGGGGAUUUCGAGAUUUAUACAAGCGCUCCGGCUGACAAGUCGACUGAGCAUGGAGUCUUGUUUCUCACCGAUGUCAUCGGACACCGGUUCGUGAACGCCGAGCUCGUUGCAGAUCAAUUUGCAGCCAAUGGACACUUCGUCAUGAUGCCUGACUUAUUCUACGGCGACGCCGUUCCGUUGAAUCGAUCUGACGCCUUCGACACGCAGAAAUGGAGGCAGGGAGAGUACAACGCGUCUAAAAGGGCGCAUCUUCCCUCGGACGUUGACCCGGUUGUCGAAGCUUGCAUCACUGAGAUGAGAACAAAGUAUCAGUGCAAGAUAAAACAAUUGGCUUCGUCUAGAGUAGCUUGA